CCAACGAAUGCCAUCGGAAGGUCCGGCAUUAAAAGCGCUUUAAUCACAGCGAGAGCAGAGCAUAGGGCUAUGUCAUCGAUUGGGACAGAAAUUACGAAUUUGGAGGAUCUGCGAGACCCCUCAGGCAUCUUUGCGCUGAUUGAAGUGGUGGGCAAGGGCACCUACGGAAAUGUCUACAAGGGCCGUCAUAAGCGCACAGGCCAACUGGCCGCCAUCAAGGUGAUGCCAAUCACUGAGGAGGACGAGGAAGAAAUCCUGCUGGAGAUUAACACUCUGCGUCGGCUCUCCAACCAUCGAAACAUCGCCACAUACUACGGUGCCUUUAUCAAGAAGGCCACUCCGAACGAUCACCUGUGGGUAAGUCUGCACUCUGCAGGAAAUUUUCAUCAAGACGAGGUAUCGAAGUCUUCCGCUCCACUCUCACUUUUCUUUUUUAAAUCAGCUCGUGAUGGAAUAUUGUGGGGCGGGUUCGGUGACGGAUUUGGUUAA